AUGAGCGAAACUCCAAACAAGACAGCAGAUCCCGAGUCUCUGCCGCAAUCUGUCGACGAUCUCAAAGCACUGCCAUGGUGUCGCCCCCUUCUCUCCGCCCCCGGCGUCACCACCUUCAUCCCACCAUCUAGAGUCCCAGAAAACACCAACCCCCACGACAGGUUCUUCGGAAAAACCAUGAACAACUCAACUGGAAUCCCAACAUGCAUCUGUUUCCACAAUGAGGCGCCUGGAAAGUCGGUCAUCACCGAAAUGUCGAUUUUGUUCGCGCUCUCAAGAGGGAUCGACGGAUACCCACACAUCGCACACGGUGGCAUAGUCGCGGUGCUCAUCGACGAGGUCCUAGGCAUCCUCAUCCAGAGAAAUAUGGACACCGAUAGAGAUAGCCCGGUAUUCAGGAUGAACACCGUGACUGCUUCGAUGGAUAUCAAGUAUCUGAAGCCGGUUACGACGCCAGGCGUAGUGCUCGCAGUAGGGCAGAUCAAAGAAAUCAAGGGCAAGAGGAUCUAUCUCAAAGCGGCCGUCAAAGACUCCAAUGGAGUCGAUCUUGCGACAUGCGAGUCGCUCUGGGUUGCGAUUCCGAGGCCCAAGAUGUGA